CGAAGCACGUGGUUUGAGCAGUUGUAAUUGAAUUUUAAAUCGGAAUGCAAAAUUAUAUUUUUUUCAUGACUAGUGUUAUUGGUUUGAAAUACUAGCAAACUUUCGUUUGAAUAGAUGUGUCGUAAAAUCACAAACUAUAUGUUCAUCUCGUAAUGACGCAAGGGCUUUAAAAUGUAAACACGAAGAAUGAUAUAAAAUUGGCAACAAGGCGUGUGGUCUCAGAAUAGAUUAUUUCAGUUUGCGCAUUUAUAAUAGUUAUAUAAUAUUAAUUAUGGUUAACUACUUCAAGCUAUUGCGCUUGCGCAGCAAAUUCUACGAAUCAUUUGGGAUUUAGAUGUAGUAGCUUUGUCUCACAAAUCAGUGCCAAGAGUUGAAGUAUCAACAAAGUUUAAGAGAUAAGUGUAUGUCUCCUAUCUGCUAUUUGCAGCGCGAUACGUAGCUCGGAUUGAAUUUAAAAUUUUGUUUUCAAAAUUAAUGUGUGAGAUUAGUUUAUAUUUUAUUCUGUAAAGCUACAGAUUUAGAAUACUUGUUUGUGUGAUAUUACUUCUAAUGCUGAGUGUUGAAUUUGCUAACUUCGUUCCAGUCCCAGGAAGCACGUUUCGCCAUAUGGCUGUUCCGACUGUUUCGAUAAGAAGUUUGUAAAACUACAAUUUCAUACUGUUAUUAGCAAGUAUCCAAUUGGGAAAUUUAUGUUUUGAUUGAAGAUGUAUUUGGAGCUGAUUAUAUCAAGUGCUCAAUAAAGUUGUUAUUCAUCAAACAGCGUGCACACUAUCCAGGGGGAAGAGUGAGCUUCUUGAAACUUCAAGAUGCAAGCUCAAGAUGUUGUAGAAGUGUCUAAGGAUGAUACAAAAUCACUGAGUGAGUGGCCAACUUUGGGUGAAGUUCAUAUGAAUGAGAAGCAAGCAGCUAGUUCUAGUUCUUUGCUGGUAAAGAUUGCAAAAGAACGUGGCACAAAUGAAACACUUUUGGAUGAUGAUUCUGCAAAGGAGAAUCAAGAACUUACUAAAGUGAAUACUACUACCCAAGUUAGGAAAAAAGGAUCAAAGCAAAAGUGGGUACCCUUAGAUGUAGAAACAAUUAAAACAGAUAAAAAGAAAAAUAUCCUUAAUGGUAAACCAUCCUUCCAAAAAGAUUCUGAUGCUGUCCAUAGUAAUGGAGAAAAGAAAAAAUCUGAAAAAGAUGAUACAAAGAAAUCAUCUGAGAAUAAUCGUAGAGAUCGUUCAUUUGCUCAACGGUCCAGAGGAAAGAAACGUGGUUAUUCUGUUGAUUGGAAACUAAGACGGAGAGCAUUUUCUCAAGACGAUACAUUUUAUCAGGAUGUGAAUGGAUUUGUAACACCCGAUGUUGCUUACUACCCAUCUGCUUAUUUUCCUUGCUAUUGGAAUGGAUAUCAGAUGUCUGAUGAAGCUUUAAAAGAUUCCUUAAAGAAACAGAUAGAAUAUUAUUUCAGUGAAGAAAAUUUGCAGAAGGAUUUUUUUAUGCGAAGACGAAUGGAUAAAGAUGGGUUCAUUCCUAUUGCUCUUAUAGCCAGUUUUCAUAGAGUCCAGGCUCUUACCCAAGAUAUUGGCAAAGUUAUUGAGGCAAUUGCAGCUAGUGAGCUGUUAGAAGUUUUAGAUGAUUCCAAAGUGCGAACUAGGAUUAACCCUGAACAAUGGCCAAUUCAUGAUGCUUUAUCAAGAGAGCUUCGUCCUGAAUUAGAACAUGAGGUUCCUACUUUCAUUCCUGGCAAACCUUUUGUUUUACCAGGAUCUGAUUCAGCUGAAACUUCUGAAACCAUUUCUGACUCAUCUGAAGCUCAACAAAGAAACGUGCCGCAAAAAAAUGGAGCUAGAAUUGAGCAAAAACGGAGGACAAAAUCCUCAUCUACAAUGGAA